UGCUCUGUUUGCUUUUCCAUUGAUCACUCUCACUCCUUAAACCUUGAGAGAGCCUACUCAUUCUCUUAAUCCACACACGCGCAGAGCAAAAAACUUCACCAAAACACACACUCAUUAUUCUUACCCUUUAUAGUAUCAUCAUUAUCACCAUUAUUAUUAUUUAUUUAUUUACUUAUUACUUAUCCUAAUUCCAAAUAAACAAACACAAACUCAUAGAGAGUGAGAGUGGGAGUGAGUGAGAAAACGUUGGUUUAACUCGCCGCCGUGAGUGAAAAACCGAUCACAUUCACCACCAUGGGAAACUUAGACCCCACGGCGGAGGAGUUCAAGCCGAGAAGAAACCCUAACCACUUACCCUUACCCCCACCCCCACCCCCACCCCCAACGACACCGUUUCCGUAUCCAUACUCCUAUUAUCCAUUCGCUGUUUCCACCUACUCUUACGCCGGAGGAUACGAACCGCUGCCGUACCCGCCGUUUUGUUACGGCGAGCCUCUUCCGUACCCGCCGCCGGCACACAUUCCCUCUACGCCGCAGCCGCCGCUGUUACCGACGCGGUCGUUGCUGCUGAGUUUCUUUCCGCCGGAGGCUGCGGCGGCGGUUACAGAGUCGUCGGUGAGGAGGCAGCUGGAGAUUUUCGGCGACGUGAGAGGGGUUCAGAUGGAGAGGCGCUGCGAGGGGACGGUUAUCGUUCACUUUUAUGACCUCAGACAUGCGGAGACGGCGUUGGCGGCGAUUCGGUUGCAGCAGCAGACGAAGCUGCUUAACCCGCCGGCGCGUGGGGUUGCUUAUGGUUGUGAUGUUUGGGCGCAGUUCACGCUCCCGGCGCGUGAUGCUGUUCCUGAAGGGCAGAACCAAGGGACUGUCGUGGUUUUCAAUGUGGAUUGGGACGUGGAACCAGAGACUCUCCGGCAAAUCUUUGAGGAUUUCGGUCCCAUAAAGGAAAUCAGACACCCCCAAACAAAAAAGAGCCAGAGGUUCGUGGAGUUUUUUGAUAUCAGAGAUGCUGCAAAUGCUUUGGAGCACAUGAAUGGAAAAGAAAUUCAUGGGAGACCUGUUGUUAUUGAAUUCAGUCGACCAGGAAGGAAGUUCUUCCAGGUUUCUGCUGCUUCUCCAUUCUCCAAGUCGUUUUGUCCUUCCCCUCCACCAUUGCAACCGAGAUUCUGGCCUCCUUUUGCUCCUCAUCAUGCUGCUGCUUUUAGUUCUCAACCUCAAUUAUCUUCAAGCAAAACUUCCAUGGGAAACCAUGAUAGCAGAGUAGCCAUGGCUUCCAUUCAUUCGGGUGAGGAUUUUCAGAAUGGGGUUGAAGAUGGGCAUCACUCUCAUGGGCCUCCCAAUAGAAGUUUUGUGAAGACACACAGCAGGGAUUCCUCUGUUGAAAGUAUGAAUCAGCUUCAAGGUAGAAGCAACAGGCCUUGCAGGGGGAGGCAAGCAAGGCAUGAUGAAACCCGAUUUUUAAUUCAGGAAGAUGCUGCUUCCCAGUCUGGUUGCAUAGAUUCCAGAACUACUGUGAUGAUAAAAAACAUACCCAACAAGUACAGCCAGAAGCUACUGAUGAACAUGUUGGACAACCACUGCAUCCACUACAAUGAGCAGAUUGGAGAUGACCAGAUUUUGUCAUCCUACGACUUCUUGUACCUCCCCAUUGAUUUCAACAACAAGUGCAAUGUGGGAUAUGGGUUUGUGAACAUGACCUCUCCUGAGGCAACCCUGAGGCUCUACAAGGCUUUCCACCAUCAACCCUGGGAGGUGUUCAAUUCAAGAAAAAUUUGUGAGGUGACCUAUGCUAGAGUUCAGGGAUUGGAAGCGUUGAAAGAGCAUUUCAAGAACUCCAAGUUCCCAUACGAGAUAGAGCACUACCUGCCAGUGUAUUUUUCACCUCCUCGAGACGGGAAGCAAGUGACAGAGCCACUUCCAAUUGGUCAAAGUAACAAGCACUCACGAAGCUUUUCCAUUGGUUCGCAUAGCCAUAUGGUAGGGACUUCUUCUGAGGACUUGAUUAACCACCAAAACGGCAGCGUUGAAGGUGAUGAUGAGGAUAAUGGAUGUGGAUUGAGUUGAGUGAGUGACAGUGAGUAAAGGCAUGGCCAUCAUAUCUGAGGAGUCUCGUCUGGUGAUAAUAAUGAAGUAGUAGUAUAAGCCUAUAAGGUGGUGCAGAUAGCAGGUUCUUGUGUGAAUGUGCAUUUAUUAUUUAUCACAGCAAGCAUGUCUUUGAGCAGCGAGCCCCAUUUGUUGUCUCUCUGGGCUCUGGCCUUUGGUGUCACUCACUCAACUCUCUUGUUCCUUUCUCUUUCCAUGUUGAUAGGAAAAAAAAUAUUUAUUUGCAACUUUAGGGUGAAAUGAAUAUGUAGUUUUAUUUAGGAAAAAAACAUAUUUUCGUGUGAUGAAGGUGUUGUCAUGAUAAGACAUAGUAUUUGUUUUCUAGGAGUUUUUAUUUAUUUAUAUACAUUUGAGG